UUUUUAUAAGAAAAAAUAAUAUUUUGUUAAAUUAUUUAAAAGAUCAGCUAUUGCUUAUACAACAUCUCGUCAAAAGAUUUUAUCUGGUGAUGGAAUUGCACGUUCAAAAUCAAUUCAAACAUAUGAUUGA